CCCAAUUUUUAUUGAUGAUUUUGAGCUAGAGGCGGGUUAAGCAUGACCCGAAUUUGUGGCAUCCCCUGCGCAAUCGUUAACCGUUACACGGCCGCACAACUGAAUUCUCUUCUCAUUUCCUUUUAAUUUACUGCACAUACAAUUUUCUUUCCUGUUAUUCCUCUGAUCAUUUUUUCUCCAUUUCACUAGACAUAAUUAUUGGAACAUCGCGCGCCUAUUGCGCUUUCAAUUCUUAUUUCUCCAUUCCAAUAAACGAAAGAUUUUAUUCAACACAUAUUUUAUGGUUCGAUGCCAUUCCUCAAAGAUAUAGCGAGGCUUGCAGAUGGAUUAUCUCUAGUCGCUAAAGAAGCUAUUAGUCGGCAACGGCCUAUUGACGGCGGCAGCAACAACUUGCAAUCGUUAAUUAAGACGACUCUUCUCUCCGCCACCGACUUAACUGGGCUCACCAAAGGCAAAGUUCAAAAGUUCGAUAAGGAGAUCGAUGCAAAUUCGAAUGAUAAACAAAGUGUUGUAUACUUUACUGAUGAAAAACCUAGCACGUCUAAUGCUAGUACGUGUACUUCUGAGCCCCAAAUUGAACGCCAUUUAGAGGCGAAGGAAGUUUCUGCAGCUGAAGCUGAAUUUCAUGAUAAUGUAGAGCCUCCGCCUCCGCCUCAGGCUGCUGGGACAUCCAGCGAGGGUGAUCGUCAGAUAGAUUCGAUCUCUUCUGAAAGCAAAGAUGCCGAAGCUGUUGUUCCUGCUACUCCGCAGCCGAAAAGGCAGAGGAAGCUACGGGAGAGGAAAGUACCGACGACUUCUUUCUCUAGAGCGCUUGGGUUUGCGGGCCUUGGAGCUGGUCUUGCUUGGGGUACAUUUCAAGAAUCUGCCAAGAGGCUUGUUUUUGGUACUCCAAACGUGCAAGGCAAACAAUCUGCUGUAUCCCCCUAUCUGUCUGAGAAAAAUGCAGAACGUCUGGCUCUUUCACUAUGUAGAAUGCGUGGAGCAGCUCUAAAAUUGGGGCAGAUGUUAAGCAUCCAAGAUGAAUCUGUGGUUCCAGCUCCGAUCUUAGCUGCUUUGGACAUUGUCCGUCAAGGUGCAGAUGUUAUGCCUAGGAGUCAGCUUAAUCUAGUAUUGAGCAGUGAAUUAGGUCAUGAUUGGUCAUCGAAGUUGAAGAGUUUCGAUUAUGAGCCAAUUGCAGCAGCAAGUAUUGGACAGGUCCACCGGGCUUUCACAAAGGAUGGCAUGGAGGUUGCUAUGAAAAUACAGUACCCAGGUGUUGCUGAUAGCAUUGAAAGUGACAUUGAAAAUGUAAAACUUCUAUUAGGUUACACAAACUUAAUACCAGAGAAGCUCUACCUUGACAAUGCAAUGAAGGUUGCCAAAGAAGAACUUUCUCGUGAAUGCGACUAUGAGCUGGAAGCUAAAAAUCAAAAAAGAUUUAGCGUACUAUUAUCUGGCAAAAAGGGAUUUUAUGUUCCAGUGGUCAUAGAUGAUUUGUCAAGUAAACGAGUACUGACUUCAGAACUUGUUCCUGGAAUUCCAAUUGACAAGGUGGCGUUACUGGAUCAAGAGACUCGGAACUAUGUCGGAAGGAAAUUGCUCGAGCUUACUCUGAUGGAGUUGUUUGUUUUUCGCUUCAUGCAGACCGAUCCAAACUGGAGCAAUUUCCUCUAUGAUGAGUCUGAAAAAGUAAUCAAUCUCAUCGACUUUGGAGCAGCUCGUGACUACCCCAAAAGUUUUGUGGAUGAUUAUCUAAGAAUGGUUUUUGCUUGUGCAAACAAUGACCAGGAAGCAAUAAUAAAGUUGUCUCAGAGGCUUGGUUUUCUCACAGGGGAAGAAUCUGAAAUAAUGACGGAGACGCAUGUUCAGGCAGGUUUUGUUGUGGGGUUGCCAUUCUCAAAGCCUGGAGGUUAUGAUUUUCGAGCUAACAAUAUUACUCAAAGCAUUUCAAAUCUUGGAGCAACGAUGCUGAGGCACAGGCUGACACCGCCACCUGAGGAGGCUUACAGUCUUCACCGUAAGCUUUCUGGAGCUUUCCUUGCUUGCAUAAAGCUUGGGGCUGUAGUGCCAUGCAGGGAGUUGUUACUUGAAGUGUACGAGAAAUAUGAGUUUGGCGAACAUGAUAGUGAAAGAUUGGCAAGCGGAUGAGAGUCAUGAUGGAGAUCCAUCUACCGCAUUGUAAACUGUCCGUCGGGUUCAAGGAUGAGGCAGAAAGUCCUUAAGAAUGAGAAAGCCAACUAAAAAGCUAUUCAUGGUCUGGAAUGCAUUUAAAUGGCAGUAUCUGCGGCUCUAUUUGCUGCUCCAUUGGCUAUACCUCCAUUUAGUGAAGCCUAUGUUCACAUAAACUCAUGAGUGACAUAUAUUGAUUUACGAUCCUUCUAGCACAACUUGCUGAAGUGUCGUUCCUGCUUUUCAGGAACUGCGGAAAUCUUUUUGGAAUAAUACAAAUUUGAAAAGGGGGAGGAUAUACAAAUUUGAAGUCUUAUGUAAUUGCUAUAGGAAAAUUUAAGAGAAAUAAUUCUGAAAAAUGUACUGUACACUUUUAGCCAUUUUCGUCUUCAAUAUAAGCGCUAUUUGUUGAA